AAAAUAUUGAAAAUACGCUUUACACCUAUUGGCCUUCCUAUUGGAAAAAUUCACAAAAAUUGAAGAAAUCAAUAAUCCACGGUGAAAAUCCUAAUCCCACCACGUGGUCGUUGUAUGCCAUUAAAAUUGAGAAGAGUUAUGAUACUUAUGACGAGGCCCAAAAGAAAUUGAAUCGGUUGGAGAGAGGGAAGGUCACGACCACCGAGGACGAGGCGCCCCCACGAGGUAGGCGAGCGGUUCGCCCGAAUAUCGGAGAGUAAUUCAGCAAGUGGAGGUGCAAAAAUUAGGGAUGUGGAUCUUGGAUUACCCGAAAUUAGGAUUGGUCACAUUGGAGUCAGCGUUCGGAUAAAAUAAUUUCAAUAGCCAAUCGAUGGGUGGGGCGGGCACUUCUUCAGCCGUUGCGACACUCACAGGGGAAAAGAUUGUGAAUAUCCCGACGACGCCUCCUUCUAUUCAACCUUCAAGGACACCAGCUAGCAGACCCGAGAAAAUUCAAACACGCAAUUUUAGAGAAUCAGCGUUUGAAAACUCAGUCAUCAAUAAACUGGACCUGCUCGUUGCGGCUGUCGCUAAUCUACAAGAUUCGAUGCAAAUUUUGAUGAAUCGACAGGCCAAUCAAAAUCAUAGAGCCGUUAUUGAAAGUGCGCUAUUUGACCUGCCUAUUUCUGAUGGGGAUGAGCUCGUCGGUUUGGAAAGUGAGCUGAAAUUGGGAGAGAAAAAGUCCAAGCCGUCCGAUGGUUCCCGAGCUGUUACGGUGAAUGAUAAGAUGACAGGAUUGGUUUUUGAACUUGCUAGUGUUGGUGGUGAAAGGCUUACUGAGGCUACGCACCGGGUGUUAACUUGCCUAAUGACCGACGAGCUAAUGGCGAAGUACAGCUUUGUUGGCAAGAAAGGAAAGAGGGCAUUUUGUGAUCUUCCGUUUUUGCUUUCAAGUGUUAUUCGUGCUGUACGAUCAAUUAUUUCGGAAGCAAAAGGAAAGGAUAUAGAAGAUGCCAUCAAAUACUGGUUGAAGAAAGCUCCUUCCCGCCUUGAAAAAAAGAAAAUGAAAAUGAUGAUCAAAUCACGCCGUGAGGAACUCAAGUCCGACGGACAGUUAAAUCCACUUUUAUAAUACUACUAAUUUUGUUGACUUUUUUUGGAUAUAAAUAAAAUUUGAAAAUUAGUUUUGAGUUGAAAACUGUAGUAUUUGUUGGGAAGAGCGCCACCACCAUUCAUAAUUUUAACGGUCAUUAUACGUACGCAGUACGUCUAUUUACGGUUUGUAAGACUUGUAGAGAACGUUCCAGGUACGUAAUAUCGGGCGACAAAACCAUUAUACUAGAACGUACCUAGAAGGUACCUGGAACGUAUAAUGAAACGUCUUUCGGACCUACAGUUCUAGAAAUAGGACGUACUAGGAACGUUUAAUGGUAGACUGGGAUUAGGGACAAAGGCGACGUGCAUAUUAUGAACUUGUGUACGUGACUUUCCUGAUUCAUGUAUAAAAUAAUUACUAGCGCGUGGACGAUCAAAACAGCGACUGCUUAUCAGAAUGAGUAAAUUGUUAUUUUGACGUGACUAAACUGGGUAGAAUCUUGCGGACAUAGGGGACAUAGGGGGUGUUAGCAAUGGACUACUAACUAAAGUACAUACAUACAUAUAUUACGAUGUUUAUUUUACAUAAAAUUUUCCCAUUUGUCAUAACAAAUUUACACACAUAUCAACCCGAAGGUUCAAUUUUUUUAACAUCUCGCCCGCCGUGAUAAUUAGCAUGACUAAAGGACUAGGUAAGCUAUGCUUGUGAAACCCUGUUAUUGAUUAGAAGCUUUCAAUAUCUACGGAUUUCGAUCUAUAAAAGCUGGUCACAAACUUUAACCAUUCCGCAGUAUCAGUUUCACUCGUACAGACGAAUCGUUUGCGGUAUAAGGUUCUGAAUAUAUAUCCCCCAUCGCCAUGUACACCACCCAGUUUCUUCCCCUGGUGAUUCACCACUUCAAAUUAUCUCGUCUCAUACGAAGUGUCCCGCUCGAGUUUGAUUCCAAAUCUGAGAAACUUAUCUUGACGAAGUCUCGUCAGCGAAGACGAGUCAGCCAAUUUCAAUCCAUCCUCACAUUGAUGUACUUUCUCGUUCUGCUGUAUAAUUUCCUCUUGGGGCACUUGUCAAUGGUGAAACGAUUGCAAGGAAUCCCGUUCGUGAUGGCUUACGGGAUACUUGCCUUCAUCGGAUGGAAUGUGGGACCAGAUAUUGCUCCAAUACAAAUCAUCAAUUCAAUCCUAAUGUUUGAGAAGGAUGUUCUCCAGGGUACGUUUAUGAUAGGGCACCCCCCUCCCACUCAUAAUCUAAAAUAAUAUCUAGCAGAAUUCCUCUACUUUUUUAAUAACUUGAUGACUGCGGUUACAAAAGACCGAAGAGCACGGACAUAUUGUCCGCUAAUCGAAGAUUUUGCACGGACAGGAAAUGAGACUACUUUUCCUUACUUGGCACUUUUCCUUCUCAUCGUGGUCUUAAUUGGGGGAAUGUGAGAUGAGACUCCAAGCACUGAAAUCUCGUAGUAUAAAUUCUAACUUUCUAGAUUUUCAAUUUAUUUCUUAAUUGAUUAUUUUAUAUAAAAAAUUAUACGGAAAUUGUAUAUUAGGUUGAAACUUAUGUACUUGUUGAUAAUUCAUUCCUAUCAAUUAUGCUAAUUUAGAUGGCGAAAGUUCAAAGGCUUCACUCGAAGCUAGGGCGAUGUACCUUUUUUCCUGGCUGGCGGAGCUAACUGUAGUAUGCGUGCCCGGUUAUACUCCUUUUGACCGUGGACCCCUGCACACCUCCUUUCCUUCUCUCCAUGUCUAAUCAUUGCACUGGUAUUUCAUGGAUGCCCCCAAGAUUGGAAAUAUUUGUGGUCUUAUUCGAAGCAUGGAUAGGCCUGCAACUGUUCAGCUCUGGUAUGACGUGGACAUUUUAUAUCCUGUUCAUCGGAAUUGUCACGCUUCUGGAGUACUUUCAACUUUUGAAAAGCCGGAUUGCAAACUCCGAAUCAGUUUCGGACCAUCACGCCUGUCUCCAGUUCUACAGGAAGAUUCAAAUUGUAGAAAAAUACAUGAAUGGAUUUCUCAUGGUGCGAGUCGUCCCUACGCUGGUCCUUAUGAUUCCAUUACUUCAAAUAGUCUGCCAGUACGUGUGCAUCCAAUUCCAUGACGAGAUACCGAUGCCAGGCUUUCUCAUUUUCCCCCUCAUCAUGGUGGACGCUUUGAUUACGAACGUAUUCGCUUACACGCUGGCCUCUUGGGUGAACAGCACGUCGACUAAGGUGCUGCAAAUGCAUGUCAGACGUACGGUUCAGUUUGGCGGGAAAAAAUCAGUACUUUCCAGAGAAGUCAGGGCGUGUGGCGUGCUUAAGAUCAAAUUCGGCUCGAAUUUCAUCGAUAAUGGAACCCCACUAGUGAUUCAGAAUUUCUGCCUGAAUCAAACCGCGAAUUUGUUGCUGGUCAGUUCGGGAAGGAAAGGAGGACAACGAAUCUGAAGUUUGAAUUGACACGAUGUAAAAAUACACAUAACAAUUAUUGGUAAUGUUGCAUGAUUUCGAUAACAGUUAGUAAACAUAUAUACAUACAUAGAAGGAUUGCAUGUAAAUAUGCAAAUAUUUAUGUGCAUAUGUACAUAUGUAUACGUGCGACACAUAUAAGUACGUAUGACGUGCAUAGAUUUAGGAACGGUGUAUGUACAUACGUAAUAUUUUUAAUCCAUUCUAACGCUGAAAUUUUGAAUUUCAUAUUCACCCAUGAUUGAUUGCCAUGCACGCAGGAAUUGUACAAAUGUGACACUAUGUAUACUUUCUUGUUCCAAAUGACACAAUUUUGAUCAAAAAUCUUGUCACAUUUCCAUUACUUAUGAUUUAAUGGUAUGCACUCUUAAUGUCAAUUAGUAAUUAAGACAAUAUGUAAAAAUAAA